CUACGGCGUCCUCCGAUUUUAUUCACGGAAAGUGUAUCGCCAUAUUGCUUCCGUGAAUUCAGUGAAAUAUUUGUACAUUUCUCUCCAAUUAUGACUGUAAUAUCAAAAUGAAGUGAUAAAAAACAAUCCACAGUCGAUUGUUAAUAAGUGGGAUACGGUUUUACGUUUCUCACGCGUUGAUUUGAAGUGAAAUAGAGUAGCGUCGGCGUUACGAUGUCUUUUGAGAAGAUGGAAGUUGUAAAUCCGGCUGAAAAAGAAGCGAGUGAAGUCCUGCAUUCUCUUUUAUCUGUGGAACGUCGGAGUGUGGACAGCAAAGAGGCCAUAAUUGUAUCUAUACCGUCGGACCAGAACGGCGGAGGCGAAUACGGCGAGAGCGCCCAAUGGCACACACCAGUCAUGGGACAGCAUUCUGUGUUUGAGCUUGGUGGCUCACAGAAUAUGCAACAGCAUAAUUACAAUGGUCACCAGGAACAGGUUUUAUGGCAAGGGCAUACAAUACAAGUUGAGAAUGGCGAUGCCAAUAUGCAAGGGAUGCAAACUCAGUACAGCUUGGAAUUUGAAACAAAUGUUGAAGGCCAAGAAAUGGAUGUCGACACAAAACCCAAAAUGGAAAAGAAAGCUAUUGUAAAGAGAAAGAAAAAAGUAGCAGAGUCGGACAGUGAUGAAGAAGUUCUGGGCAACACAUUGGAAGACAAUCCUGAACAGGUAAAAGAGAGGCUAAGAAGGGGCUGUGAUUGUAAGGAUAAUUGCUACCGAGGUUUGAAUCCUGAGGCAGUCUACCGUCACCGUUUGAAUAUUGCUGAAUUAACCAAGAGUGAACAUGACAUGUACUUGAUGGGAAUCACUAUGGCCAGCUUGGCAAAUCCAGCAGAAACCUCACGCCAUAAAGUAAGAAGGAGAUUAAGGGCAUGCUAUGUCUACCAGGGGAGAAAAGUUUGUUUAGAAGCUUUCUUGUACUUGGAAAAUGUUACUCAUUACCAGUUGAAACGCAUCCGACAGCAUGUUAUGACACAUGGCGUCGCCCCUCGCAUACACGGUAAUGUUGGCAAGAAACCCUACAAUACAUUCACAUUGGAUAUUUAUAAACAUGCAACUAACUUCCUAAAAGAAUAUCUAAAACAACAUGCCAGUUCACCCAAAGAUGUACAACCAUCAGGUGAGAGUGGCAAGAAAGGUAGUAAGACUGUUAUAAUACAAGGUGACUCCAGAAAGCAUUUGUUUGAAGCAUAUAAGGAAUAUGGAGAAAUAUUAGAACCUGGAGUGAAGCUUAUGGGUUAUUCAACAUUUAGAGCGUUCAUGAAAGACCAGUUCCCACAUGUUAAGUUUGCAACUAAAAAGCAGGAAUUAUCCAAGGAUGUGGUACCUUUCCGUAGUGGUAAAUGUAUGUCAUAUGACAAAAAUAAGGAUCCCGUGAGAAUACAACAGGAGAAAGAGAAGGCCGAGGCCAAGAAGGCAGCUAUUGAACAGAAGAAGAAAGAAGAACAUGAAAGGGAACAACACCAAGCGCAACAACAGGCCCAGCAACAGCAACAACAACAACAGGUGCAACAACAGCAGCAACAACAACAACAGCAACAAGUUCAGCAGGUGCAAGUACAACACCAACAGAUGCAGAACCAGCCCCAUGUGGUUAUACACCAGCAACAGCCUCAACAACAGCAGACGAUGCAACAGCAGAUGUUGGUGCCCCAAGUGAGCCAGCACCAGCAAGUGCUCACGCAGCAAGUUGGUGGGGUGCAGCAAGUUGCCCAGCAACAUUUGCAACCUCUCGGUGUGUCGGAAGACAACGGGCAGCCUGUGGAAAUGGCCCAACAAGUGAUACCGCUGGCUGUAGUACAACAACCUCAACAAGCGUACAUAGUGACUCCAGUGUCCCAUUUCCAAACGCGAGUACAAGGCGCAUGGUACAGACAUUGACAAAACCCUUUACUAUGUUUGGAGUCAACUAACGGGGAACACAAAAGCACAUACUUAUAACAAACGAAAACUAACGUGCUUGCUCUGUUCCAAAUACGUUUACUUACUCGUAACUUUGGCAAUAAGUUAGCAAAGAUAUUUAGACACCUUUUCAGUAUUGAUUGAAAACGGAUUAUACAAUUUUAUAUAAGGAUAAUAUUAAUCAUAUUUACACUAUCAAAUUAGCAGUAGCUAUGAAUGUAGUUUAUUUUAUUAUGAUUUUGUGUGAUUGUGAAGAGUGGGCAGGUGAGGUCUGUAAAAUAUUUUAUGAUACAUUUUAAUAAUUUUUAUUGUAUUAGCACAUAUUAUAAUAAUGCAGCUAGAUGAAAGGGGUUCAUGUAAAGUUUACAUGAACCCCUUUCAUUAUAAUUUAAACAUUAUUAAUUGCGUUAAUUUUAUUCUUCAUGUAUGUUGUCUAGACAUUUCAAAUACUGGUAUGUUUUUGUUGGUGUUGGUUUAAAAAAGAAAACACGCAUUUUAAAGAAAUUGUAUAUGGACACCUUUUUAUAAUAAUUAUGGAAUCACUCGUAAUUAAGACUGAAGUUGUAAAUUAUGAUGAGAAUACUGAUUUUUUUUAUAUUUUAAAGUAAUAAUUUAUAGAAAGUACAGCAAUGUGCAAUUUCAUGAUAAGAAUAUAUUACUUGCCCAUUCUUCUCAAUUUUCAAUAUGGAGUGCUCAUUGCGUUUUUAAGUCUUUUGUUGACUAAUAUGUAUCUAAUCAAGUUUUAAUUGAAUAUUGUUUUAUAAUUACGUCGCUCAUCACAACACGUUAAGUUCAGUUACAAAUGAAAGCAGUGCCUUCAUAGAACUCUGAAGUAAUUCAUAGAUAUGGUUCGACUUAUAGUUUAAAGUGUCUAGGGUUAUUACAACUAGUGAUGUGGUGGUUUUGAAACUAUUCUUUGCCAUAACAAAUAUUUAAAUACAUAUCACGUAAAAAAAUACAAAGGUUUGCAUCUAUUCAGGAAAAAUAAACCUUAAAACUUUUGUAUAAGUUCUCACUUAUACAACACUAUUGCCAAUUUUGGUGAAAAAAUUUUGGUGGAUAUGAAACACUUAAGUACAAAAUAUUGCAGUUUCUUGUUUCAUCUCUAUAAGUUAAUUCACAAGGACUGAUUAAUUUGUAACCGCUUAUUGUAACAUAUAAAAAUUUAAAAUUUCGUUGGAAAGUUUUAUUUCAUUUAUGAUGAUGUAUAUUUUGUGUAAAAAAAAUCAUAAAUACAGUAGCUCUGAACUUGUUAUAAAAAAAAUAAAAUUAAUUUUAUGCUUUGAUAAAAUAUAGAUUAUAGAUUGAUUCAUCGAAACUUUCUUAUGACUGCUUUAGUAUAUUAUUAUAAAAAUGACUCCAGUAGCAAUUUUCCCUUAAUAUUUUAUGUCUGAAAAUGUUUAAUUAUUAUUAAAGCAUAUAAUAUUCCUUUUUUAUAUUAAAACAAGUUCAGAUACUGUCAAUGUACCUAUAUUUUUUAAAUAAUGAAUCAAAUUUAAUUGAAAAACAGUUUUAUUUGUAAUCUCUUGUAUUUCGAUCUAAGGUAAUUUGUAACUAAGUAUAAGGAUAUAACCGUUCAGUAAUAACUUGUAGAAAGUACAGAAAUGUGCCUAGAAAAUAUGCUUAUUCGUAUAUUUUUAUAGUGCGGAGAUUUGUAAGAUUCGGAGCCGUCGUUAUUGUAUUCGUUUUGUUUUUUAGAUAAUAACUAAUGUGCUGCCAGAUUGGAAGUAUAUGGUACAGUAAAAUGUUUUACCUACUAAACACACAAAGUAAUAUAUGUUUAGUAGGUAAAACAUUUUACUGUAUUGCAAUUUUUAAUACAAAGAUUGUAAUCGUGGGUCAUAAUGUGGUCUGAACCCAAAGUCAGUUAAACAAGCAAUUAACGCGACGUGCUCCGAAUCGUAGUAUACACCUAGAAUAUUCGGCGUAAUGUUCCAAAUUUUUUAAACGUAGGAAGACAUGAUGUGAUAGAAAAUAAACUUUUUUACGCUA